AUGAAAUGUUACAAUGUUGACAGUAUUCAAGAAAUAUGUCCUAAAUGGAAGUUGCUGAAUGAAUCGACAACAGAAGGGAGAUGCUACAAAACUGAAACUGCUAUACUCCAUAUCCCCGAUGACGCCUACCAACGAAUUCAGAAUAUACCAGGAAAAGAUUACAAGAUCAAACAUGUA